GGAAAUGUACUGAAACAUGUUGAGGGUUUCCCAGGCAGUCAAUAUAUUACCUAGCGAGUCCUGUGAGAGGAGACACUUCGUUCCACACGUGAAGCCAUUUGAUCGAUUUCCGUGCAGAUUCGCGAUGACUAUCACACCGGCAGGUUCGAGCUGGAGUUUGUUGUCUUGGUCCACGCCUUUGCUUAAACGCAGGUGGAAAGGUUCGGAAUCACAGAAAACUACUCAAGCGAAAUGUAGUUGUGAGGAAGUGAACAAACGUGACUCGCAUGGAAGAAGUCUACUUUUCUAUGCAGCUCAAUAUGACCAACCGGAAGUUGCUGUUCAGCUUCUAGCAGCCGGAUGUGACCCAAAUGUGGGAGAUAACGAAGGGAAUACACCUUUACACGAGGCUGUGGACGCUGGAAGUAACGAUGUUGUGAAGCUUCUCAUCAAACAAGGUUGCUGUGACGUUAACGCUGCCAACAAAGCUGGGGAAACACCGCUAAUGUAUGCUACCGUUAAAGACGACAUCGAGAUGACGAAGUUGUUGAUUAAAUCAGGUGCUAGAAUUAACGACUUAGAUCACAUGGGACGAUCAGCGUUUCUGAUUGGUUUACAUCUGGGGACGGAGAGGUCAUGUUUACAUCUGUUGAAGUGUGGAUGUGACGUCAACCAGACUGACCUUGAAGGUCACUCAGCGCUCUAUUUUGCCACUUACGCAACUGACCUUCGAACCCUAGACAUUGCCAGGAAAAUACUCAAAUCAGGGUACACGGCUAGGAAAGAUACGGAGUGGCUGAAAAAAGCUGGGGAGUGCCCUUCUUGCUUGUUUCAGCAAAAUGAAAAAUUCUACAAACAGGUUCUGUCUAAAGCUGGAAUCAAAAGUAAAAAAGGAGAAAAGCCGGAACUAAUCAAAACAAUCCGAGUGACCUACUUACAGAAAGUGUUUCAAACUCGGGGAUCCUGAUUGGUGAUAUUGAUGUGAUUGAAGAUAUGCAAAUGAUAUGUUAAUUUGGCGGCGGAAUUAGCAUAACAGUGUCCAUAGACGACAGGUUUGAUUCCCCUUGACUUUUACACACAAAGUGCUUAUACAAUGUAUUGGAACUUACUGUAUGUUGAUGAACACUCCUUGUGAAUUGAAGUUAUUUACUUAAUGCAUCCAUCGUGUAUUGCUUGACCGCCUUGUUUUACGUGUGAUCUAAUGGCAGGUUGAUUGUGAAGGACGAAAACCAAAAUUUUAAACAAAAGAAUUGUCUGAGAUAUUACAAACGUGCUGUUACCACGCCGAGUUAGUACACUUACAGCGAUGUGUUAUCGAUGGUUCGCUGUUCUGAAAGCUUGUGCAAAAUCUUAAUAUGAAUCAUGAGACAAACACAAAACACUAUCUUCUGGACUAUUGGAAUUUAUAUUUAGGUAUAACAAGAGUUAAGGUAAAAUUUGAAACUGCAAAAGUCAGGAAAAUGUCUCCUUUAUCAGAGAUGUGAUGUAAUCGCUGGCUGAUAUCACAAUCAGGUCAAACCUGAUUUCAGAAAUGUUAAAUGAUUGAAAAUGUCACUUUUUUACAAUGUUUCUCUGUAGAAGACGCUGUUUUUACUAACUCAUUGCAUGAGAAAAUGUAAAAUAAGAAAUACCAGUAAAAUGUGUGCAUAGGUAGCAUUAUAUACCUGAAGUUGUCACGGUUUCCGUAAUUGGUAAAGAGAACACAGGUAAAUGUUACCGACAUAGCUAACUAAACUGACGUUAGAUGACGUCAUUUACUGCGGACUAGACUUCUAUCACUGCGGAGAUACCUGGUGUGACUUAGUAAUCAGUUAAAGAAUCCAUGUACCCCUGCCAAAAGAUGCACUUUUUCAGACCUAUAUAUAGCUUAGAUAAGAAGUUUCUGUAAAAAAAAUGUCUUUCAUGAAAGACAUAAUGAUGACUGAACAAAAUUCAGCAGUAGUUGAACGUUCUGGAGCUUUGCCAUCAGUGGACCGCCGAUCCUUAAGCCGAUGUAAUACAUCUACCGGUGGUGUCCGUGUCCUAGAUUUAGCGCCUAUAAACAUGUCGGAGAUAGCUACGUCAUUGCAUUUUGAUGUCCGACGGUCAGUUUAUUAGGACAUGUUAACGGCCCGAUCUGACAGUCAUUUGUAGUCUAUACUACUGGCUGGAGUGGCCGGAGCCGAACGCCAUUUCCUGGUGUGAGGUCGAUUUGGACAAUUAUCUGAUAUAUAUGACUUUUUUAUUUGUUUUGCAAUAUUAAAACUACGUUCACGAAAGCUUGCUUCUUUUGUUGGUGUGAUUCUGAACCUGUUCACGGUUCCGUGUUGUAUAUGUAAUAAAUGUUUAUCAAGUCCCAACCUUUCUGUAAUACUACAUUUGAUACAUUUUAAUAAAAAAUAUAUAUAUAC